UAUUCCAGCGAGGAUUAAUUGGGUGUGGUUACGCAAAAGGGGGAUUACGGAAAAAUAUCGUUGAACCCGCGGACGAUGCAAGUGUAAAAUUCAAAACUAUCCUAAAAGCUAGUGCGACCUACAAAGCCAUAAAUGUGUAUAAAAAUCACAGCCUUGCGGCUCUGCGAACAAAGGCCGGCAAACAAUGAAAUAAAUCGGUUAAACCUCUAUACCGCGCACAUCUGCAUCGAGUAUUACACGGAGAGAAGACGAUAAAAGUUAAUCGUCGAGUAGUUACACAUUGCGCAAGAGAGCUUAAUUAAGCCGUUUUCGAGCCCUAGAAUCACGAUACAUAAUGCUCGCGCAUACAUAUAUAUAUAUAUAUAUAUAUAUAUAUAAUACAAUGCGUCGAUCCCUUAUCUGCCCCGUUUCCUGUCCGCUCAUACCCGCACGAGCGUCGUAGCUUCAAAGGCCGUCGAUUACAGAAGGAUAUAAUGAAAACCGCGCGUUUAAAGGGGACAAUGACACGGAUGAAGAAUCAUCUCGCGUAUACGCACACACUCGUGUUUACCUUAGCAGAAAAGCGAAUGAAAAAAUGAGUACCUGCGACGGCCCUGACGGCCGCAGGAGAGGGAAUCAGUCUAGCGUGAUGGAUGUGUUCGGCUGUAUAUAGAUAUCGAAGGCGCGCUUGGAUUCAAUAUGGCAAAGGGAGAGCGAGUGGGGUUCGGAUCGAACGGGAGAAAGUGCAGCUUUAGUUUAUAUAUACGGCCGGCGCCAGGAGCAUCGCACGCAUUUUCGCAGUCGCGGUGUAAGGAGCUGAGGCACAAGCUCCUUGGGAGGAGCUCGAGGUUCUUUUUUUUUUUUCUUUUUGGUUUGUUGGAUUGAGAGAUAUCGUGGAGCAUCAUGAGCGGGUACAUCGCGUUGGCGGCUUUUCUAUGCUUGGCGCAGACGGCGUUCGCUAAAUUGCCACCCGGAGUGACGGUCUGUCCUCGUUCCGACAAGCCGAACGAGUACAACAAAUGCGUCCUGAAACAGCUGGAGAUCCUAACGCCUCACUUGGCAAAGGGCAUCCCUGCGAUGAAGCUUCCAGCCUUGGACCCUCUGCUCUUGCCGUCCCUAACCGUCGACCGUAAUCUCGAGGCUCUGAAAAUCAAGGCCAACAUGAGCAGCAUCCAAGUGUUCGGCGGCUCCAGCUACAUCAUCGACGAGCUCAAGGCUGACCCCAACGAGCUGACCGCCUUCCUCAAAGUCCAGAUACCCCACCUGCACGUCAAGGGCAACUACGACGUCCAGGGUCGGCUCCUUCUUCUGCCUCUCAGUGGUGUCGGCAGCUUUAAGGGCAACUUCACGAACACCGAGGUACGAGUGAGCGCUCGAGGAAAGGAGGUGACCGACAAGAACGGAGUCGGUCGCAUCGAGAUCGACAAGCUCCAGACGAAGAUACGCGUCGGCGAUGGAAACAUCAAGCUUAAGGCGCCGCCUUCGCACACAGUUACCGCUGACGCAGCGGCGAACUUCUUCAAUUCCAAUCCGAGGCUGGUUCUCGACAUCGCCAGUCCCAUAAUCGAAGACACAGCCGCGACCGUCAGCCGAGCGCUCGUCGCCAGGGCCCUGAGCGCCUUCACCAAAGAAGAACUAGUACCUUGAUCGUAGUCGCGCCCCCUACUGCUACUUUUUUUUAUUCCCUUUGUUGCGUUGUUUAUUAUUAUUAAUAUUAUUAUUAUUAUUGUUUUAUACGAUCGCGUUUGCGCGCGUUAAUGAAGACAGUAAAUACACAAUUUUCUGUGGUCGUUGAAAUUA